AUGUCAGCUGCUCCAUCAGCAACACCAACUCCAAUGAAAACACCAGUUACACCAGCAAACUCAUGCACAUCUUGCAAGUGCGGAAGUGGAUGCCCAUUUGCUAAACUCGGUAUUCUCAGAAUCGUAGCAAUUCUUGUUCUUAUUUGCAUGCUUGUUUUCUCUAUUGUUAGAUACUUAACACAUAAGGAUAAGGGAAGUAUCGCAUUCGCUGCUGGAAGCAUUGCCGCAAUCAUUGCUGUCAUCCUCUCAGUUCCAAAGAAGCAGAAGAAGGAGUAA